AUGGCUGCUACAAGUGUUGCUACUACCGUCGAUAACUCAAAGACUAUUGUCUUGAAGACUCCUCAAUUGGAGAUGGAACACAAGGUGUUUAUUGGCAAUUUGUCUUUCAAAACAACCAAGGAAUCCCUGAUGUCAUUCGCUUCAGCGUCAGGAAAAGUUGUGGAUGCAACCAUCAUCACAAAGCAACGUCGUUCUCUGGGUUAUGGAUUUGUCAGAUUUGAAACAGAACAGGAUGCUCAAAAGGCAGCAGAGGAUCUCAAUAGUAAAUCACUGGAUGGCCGUGAGAUUAACGUGGAAGUAGCUCGCCCCAAGACGGAUACUCCUGCUGAUACACCACAGAAGACCCGUAAAUCAAAGAGCAACGCUCGUCGUCGUAGUAAGUCUGCAUUAGCUUCAUCAUCAUCAAUCAAAGAGGAGGACAGUGUUGUGCCAGUCCAAAAGCAAGAGGAAGAUGGCCUUGUCCCUACCACUAAAAAGGAGGAUCCUGCUGGUGAAAAGAAAGUGAAGGUGAAAAAGGAAAUGCCUGUAAAGCAAGAACCCAGGGAGGAUGAGGUUGCUGCUGACACAGAAACCGCCGAGAGACAACAUCAAGAAAAGACGCCAGAGCAGAUUGCCACAGAGGCAGCAGCACGUCGCAAACGUAACCAAAAGGACAAGAAACGUCAAAAUAAGAAGAAGAAGUCUGCUGAAAAGGCGGCUCGUGUUACUGAGCCAUCCAAAACCACCCUGUUUGUCGCCAAUCUGCCCUACGUUACUACAGAUGAUGAUUUGAAUGAAAUUUUCAAGGAUUACAAGCUGGUUUCUGCUCAUGUAGCUCGCAUGAAUAAUGGAUGUUCAAAGGGUUAUGGAUUUGUGGAAUUGGAGAGUGAACAAGAGCAGUUAAAGGCACUUGAAACUGUAAAGGACGUUGUGUUGGAGGGUCGCUCCAUCUAUUUGAAGAUUGCUGUUUCUGAACAAAAGGUGCCCGUUGUCAAUGCUGAAUCCAGAGUAGAACAGGUAGAAGGGAAAAAAUCUUUUGAGAAGGAUGUAGAGAAGGAGGAUUUUAUCUCAGAGAAUACUGUUGUGGAUGCUCUCAAAGUCAAUGAUACCAACUAA